GGCGUUGGACAGGCAGGGGAAGCAACAAGAGAGUGGCAGAGAGAGAGAGAGGAGGGAGCAGGCGCACGGGGAGCCAUAUAGUGUCCGUCCCCCGAGACACAGCAGCGGUAGCAGAGGCUAGUGACACGGCCUCCUCUUCCCGCGGAUUGACUGAAUGAGAGGAGAGAACCCCCAGCUCAGCCACGUCCGGGAAGGCGCCUCUUCCUGUCAGUCUCAACCGGAGCCGCGUGGAGCCCAGCUGCAGAAAAUGGACGGAUUCGCCGGCAGCCUGGAUGACAGUGUUUCUGCUGCGAGUACCUCUGAUGUUCAAGACCGCCUGUCUGCCUUGGAGCUAAGAGUUCAGCAGCAAGAAGAUGAAAUCACUGUGCUUAAAGCAGCCCUGGCCGAUGUCCUCCGGCGCCUGGCCAUUUCUGAAGACCAAGUGGCCACUGUAAGAAAAGCUGUGCCCAGCAAAGGUCCAGCCACGCUGCGGGAAGCCCUGUCUAUGUCUUGCAUUACAAAUGGAGGUGCUGGCACCAGAAAACCAAGUCAUGCUUCAUCUGUUGCUAAAAAGGAUACACUGUCAUCAGCUGCCAAAAGCGGCUCAGAUAAAAAGAAAGAGAAACCCCAAGGAACGAGAGAGCGAGAGGAAUCUCAUGCACAUGAUCAAAAUCUGCACAAUCCAUUAAAUCAAGCGUCCCCUUCUCCCCAGCCUUCCCCCCAGCCAGCCCAGACACACAGGCAAAAUCAGGAAAGCAAGAACCCCGCGUCAGCAAAAAGUGUAAAAAGAAGCUCCACCUUAGAGAAAUCACACAAUUCCUGGGAUGCUUCCGAGGAGAGCCGCAAUAAACUCAUGAGAGCCGCUUCUACGUCAAAACUGACGUCAAAAGUUUCCAAAGCCACAGACAAGCAUAAAGAUAUCGUUAUCAGCCCAGCAAAAAUGUCCACAAGAGAAAAAAACAGCCAAGAAGGAGAAUAUAUAAAGAUGUUCAUGAGAGGCCGACCAAUCACAAUGUUCAUUCCUUCCGACGUGGAAAACUACGAUGACGUCAGAACGGAACUGCCACCCGAAAAAUUAAAACUGGAGUGGGUAUUUGGUUAUCGGGGAAGAGACUGCCGAGCCAACGUUUACCUCUUGCCUACAGGAGAGAUUGUAUAUUUCAUUGCUUCCGUAGUUGUGCUGUUCAAUUACGAGGAAAGGACGCAGCGGCACUAUCUCGGUCACACCGACUGCGUGAAAUGCAUUGCAGUGCAUCCAGAUAAAAUCAGAAUUGCAACAGGACAGAUCGCUGGGGUGGACAAGGAUGGAAGACCUCUACAGCCUCAUGUUAGAGUCUGGGACUCUGUGAGCCUCUCCACACUCCAGGUGAUUGGCCUCGGCACUUUUGAACGUGGUGUUGGAUGUUUGGCCUUUUCCAAAGCAGAUUCCGGGGUGCAUUUGUCUGUGAUAGAUGACUCCAAUGAGCACAUGCUGACAGUCUGGGACUGGCAGAAGAAAUCUAAAAUAGCGGAAAUCAAGACAACAAAUGAAGUUGUUCUAGCUGUGGAAUUCCAUCCGACUGAUGCCGGAACCAUAGUGACGUGUGGCAAGUCCCACAUCUUCUUCUGGACAUGGAGUGGCAAUUCUCUAGCAAGAAAGCAGGGGAUAUUUGGGAAAUAUGAAAAACCAAAGUUUGUGCAAUGUCUAGCGUUUCUUGCAAAUGGAGACGUCCUUGCCGGAGAUUCAGGUGGGAUAAUGCUCAUAUGGAGCAAAACCAAUGUAGAAUCCACGGCUUCCAAAGGUGCUAAAGUUUUAGGUGUCUACCAAAUAAGCAAGCAAAUCAAAGCACAUGAUGGCAGUGUGUUCACGCUUUGUCAAAUGAGGAAUGGGAUGCUGCUGACUGGAGGCGGGAAGGACCGGAAAGUCAUUAUGUGGGAUCAUGACCUUAAUCCGGAAAGAGAAAUAGAGGUUCCUGACCAAUAUGGUACAAUCCGAGCCGUGGCUGAAGGUAAAGGCGACCAGUUUUUAGUGGGAACAUCACGCAACUUCAUUCUGCGAGGGACGUUUAACGAUGGUUUCCAAGUAGAAGUUCAGGGUCACACCGAUGAACUCUGGGGACUGGCAACUCAUCCAUUUAAAGACCUGCUCUUAACAUGCGCUCAAGAUAAGCAAGUUUGCUUGUGGAACUCGGUGGACCACUCGCUGGAAUGGACCAGGGUCUUAGACGAACCGGGACACUGUGCUGAUUUCCACCCCACUGGAACCGUCGUAGCCAUUGGGACACACUCCGGAAGAUGGUUUGUGCUGGAUGCAGAGACGAGAGAUCUGGUAUCGAUACAUACAGACGGGAAUGAGCAGCUCUCAGUAAUGCGAUACUCCGUUGAUGGUGCGCUGCUUGCUGUCGGCUCACACGACAACUUCAUUUACCUCUACAACGUCUCGGAGAACGGGAGAAAAUAUAGCAGAUAUGGAAAGUGCACUGGUCAUUCCAGUUAUAUUACACAUCUUGACUGGUCCCCGGAUAAUCAGUACAUCAUGUCUAACUCAGGCGACUAUGAAAUAUUAUACUGGGACAUUCCAAGUGGCUGUAAACUGAUCCGUAAUCGCUCGGAGUGCAAAGAUAUCAACUGGACAACGUACACGUGUGUGCUAGGAUUUCAAGUAUUUGGAGUGUGGCCGGAGGGGUCGGAUGGAACAGAUAUUAAUGCGCUGGUGCGGUCCCAUAAUAGAAAAGUCAUCGCUCUUGCUGAUGACUUUUGCAAAGUCCAUUUAUUUCAGUAUCCCUGCUCCAAACCAAAGGCUCCAAGUCACAAGUACAGCGCUCACAGUAGCCACGUAACCAACGUCAGCUUUACACAUAACGACGGCCACUUGAUUUCCACCGGAGGAAAGGACAUGAGUAUCAUGCAGUGGAGACUCAUAGAAAAGGUUUCCCACUCUCAGAAUGACAAUAUUGCGGAAAGCAGCAGUGCAGUAAAUUCACCGGUUGUAAGCGAGAAAGUGCUGCAGCCUGACACUCCCACCACUUUGCCCCAAGCUGUAAACAAGGCAACCGAGGUGGAGCAAACCCCUGCGGAAUCAAUGGCGCCGCCGGAGGAUGCCCUUGAGCUGGAGGCACAGCAGCCUCAGGAUCUCGAUGAUGUGCAGAGUGGAAAAAGCAGUCCUCUGCCUGAAGAGGCCAAUGGUCAAGAACCCUCAGAUGAAGUGAUUGAGGAACCAGCCAACUCACAGAUCGUUGAUGCCCAAGAUGAGAACCAGGAUGAUGAUGAUGCACCAUUGUCUUAACAGUGUUGACUAUGAUGGUACUUUUUUAUGUGUAACCUGGUGAUUGUGCUUUCUUAAUGGGAAGAGGGUUUUACUAGCGCGAGCGUAUAUGGCUGACAAUGAGUAGUACUACACCUGCGCGUGUCUGUAUCGCCUGUUUCAGAUAUGAAACUGUGCCUUGGAAUAAAACGGCCACGUGUCCAAACUAGCCAAAGGUGGAAGUAAGGUGAAGCCAUAGAUUAGAGAGUUCUGCAACUGAUAAAGAAAUGGUUUGUUGUACAUAUUUUGUUGGGUUGAGGUUGGGUCAAGUAAGGGGGAAAAAAAAAAUCAUAGAAACACGAAAUACAGAAUGUUGCAUAAUAAAAUACAUUUUGUGCGUAAUGACCGUGUCUAGAUGCAUAUACAUACAGGCCAAAGGCUAAACCGAAAAGAAACGAGAUUAUUGUACAUUUGGCACGACGUUGGUCAACUCAUAUGCAAAUUUCUUACGGACCUACACUUGCCCUAUCUGCUGCUAGCUGUUUAAGGACUGUUUUUAUCUGAUAACAUCUUACAACAUCGCUAACAGCAUAGACAUCGUGAUCUAGCUUCAUCCUGACCAAGACUUCUUAAAGGGGAUUCCCAUUCACCCACAUCACAUACAAUCUGUACGAGCUUCAUUUAAAAAAAAAAACUGGAGAGAACUUCCAUUGUGAGACAAAGUGCAGCUUUAGCUUACAACCCAUGGCGAUACACUCAUGAAUAAAUCUGUUGCUGGAAUUUCUAAAUUGUUUCUUAUCUAUAAUGCCUUUGGUUAAGCAGGAAAUAUAUUCUGAUAAUGAUGAAUUAAAACCUCCCCUGACGCAUUUCACAAACCACAGGUUCGAGUCCUGCAUCGGGUCGGGUACCUGUGGAAUACCCGCGAAGUGGUCGGGUUUCGAUUCCUUUGCCGUGUAGACAGUCCGCGGGUGAACCCGGCUGGGUACCAAACAAAGCUGCAUGCUUGAUCCCACCCACCCUUGUGGUUCUUCCAGUUUUUUAAUUUUUUUGGAAGAUUCAGCUCCGGUGUGACAUCAUUUCCAGGCAAAUGUGAUGUCACUUCUGGUUUCACGUGUCUCCCAGGUUGGAAGGUUAGUUGGCCUAUUGCGGGUUGGGUAGCGGGAACAUGCGGGUUUGGGGAUAGGGUUUCAAAAAAUGGACCCAUGCAGGACUCUACCACAGAUUAUGAGUAAGCUUUUCCUUUUAUUUGUGAAUACCCCGUCUGCACAAACCAUGUAACUUUCUGCAUUGUUGAAACCUUUAAGCAUAGUUUAGAAUUUUUUUUUGUUUAGUUUUUUGAGGGUUGAAACGAUAAGUCUUAAGUGUGCAAAGCGUUUACGUGAUGGCGCCAUUCCAAAGUGCAUCAAAAUCGUCAUUCCCUUUUAUCGACAUUUCUCAGGAGAAUUGCUAUAGAUCAGGUAUUUAGUAAGAAGGUUACAAUGGAUUGCCCAAAGGUCCUACUAUACUUAAAACAUAUCUGCAGAAAAAAAAUAAAAAAUUUCGGGCUGUGUGCAUGUGUAUAUAGAUCUAUGGAUAUCUUCAUAUUUGUAUGUAUAAAUGCACACGCAAGUCUCUCGAAAUCUACACUGACGUUUUCUCUUGUUUACAAAGUUCCUAGAGGAAUAAAAUGUAGAUUCCUGUUGAGAAGUGUGUUUAAUCCAGCGUCGUCCAACCUCUAAUAAUCAGGCGGGAUUUUGGAGGACUAAGGGUAGGACAGCCCUGGGUUUAAACCCAUUUUAAGCACCAGAGAGUUUUCUGCGAAACGCGUUGGUAACUCUUCUGAGCCAAAAGGUUAUGGUGCACUGCGUGCUUUCGGUUUUGUUUCGGAAUUUAUUAAGAAUAAACUGAAAUCGACUGCAAUCAGACAUGAAGACAAAAAAUAAGGGUAAAAAAAACAAAAAAGAUAUAUAUUAGUACAAUAUAGACUCUAAAUACACAAAAAAAAAUCAAAGUAAUAGUUGCUGUUAAAAGAAAGGAGAGUUUUGUACUGUUUAUGGAAAGUACUAAUAUGCAAAAAGCCUUACGUCAUUUAUAACAUCGGCAACUGUUUUUAACGUAAUUAAAUAUGUGAUUAUGGGGGGGGAAGGAGGGGAUGGAACUAUGUAACUAGAUGUUUUUGGAUAGAAUAUUGUGAAUGAAAUCUGAAUACGCGUGUUUUCAUGUGAAGAUGUUUGAGCCAUUUCUAUCUCAUGCAUUCCUGUCCGACGACAGUAAACUUUUUUUUUUUUCUUUUGGAAAUUAAAAGCAAAAUAAAAUAUCUUACGGUA